UAUCUUUAUAUAUGUAUGAAUAUUAAUUUUAAAAAAUUCUAAUGAAUAGUUAUUUUAAAUUUUUUAUAAAACAAAUUAUGAUAUUGUUUGUGAAUUUAAAUUAAUAUAUAAAAUAUGUAUAUAUUUUUAUUUAUAAAAUUUCCAUUCUAAUUUUUAAUUUUAAAAUUAUAAAAAAAUUAAAAAAAUUUCAUAUUUAUUUAUCAGCCCGCAACCGCACACACUAGAUGGAACCAUCUUUUAAUUUUAAAAAGUUCAUAGCAGUUUGAAACAGUUUGAUAACGGUUUGUAUGACUGUUUUGAAACGCUGUCAACCGCUACCAACCGUAAAAGAUGCAUAAAUAGCGGGAACCAAUGAAGCCUUAAACUAAAAUAAACACCCACAUUAUGUAAAAUAAGUACGAUGUGUCGUUUUCAUAAAAUAGUUGGAAACUGCGUGCCGGGUCUCCACUGUCGUCUAGUCAAAUGUUUUUACACCAGGAGUAAAGAAAACUGAAACACCCACUUAUGACUGUUAUGAGAAAUGGCGGCAGAUUCCGACAGUUUUGUACAGCUUCGGUUUCAUUGCUUGAGAAACCUGUCGACAAGUUCUUACACGAAGCCCGUAUCCCGAAUCAUGUGGUUUCUUUCGAUACGAAUUACCAGCUUCGACACCUCAUAGAUUCGGGGAAUCUGCGAGAUGCUCGCCAACUGUUCGACAAAAUGCCACACAGAGAUGUCUUCUCAUGGACAGCCAUCAUUCAGGGAUACGUAGCCGCCACAAACCACGACGAAGCGCUGAUUCUCUUCUCCGCUAUGCACGUCGAUCCUCGCGUCUCAGCAGAUACCCACGCGCUGAGUGUUGCACUCAAAGCCUGUGGUCAAAGCUCCAACCUUUCGUUUGGAGAGUCUUUACACGCUUUUGCGGAGAAAACUUCUCUGCUCAGCUCUGUCUACGUCGGAAGUGCUUUAAUUGAUUUGUACAAGAGAACCGGAAUGAUCGACAAGAGCUGCAGAGUUUUCACUGAAAUGGACUUUAAAAAUACGGUGACGUGGACGACAAUCAUAACGAGCCUUGUUCACGCUGGUCGCCACAAGGAAGGACUUUGUUACUUUACCGAGAUGUCGAGGUUCAGAGAACUACCUGAUACUUUUACUUUUGCUAUUGCCUUGAAGGCUUGUGCAGGUUUGCGUCAGCUCAGAUACGGACAGGGGAUUCAUACUCAUGUGAUAGUGAAAGGCUUUGGUGCUGUACUCUGUGUGGCUAACUCGCUCUUCACAAUGUAUACCGAGUGUGGGGAGAUGCAAGACGCGCUGCUUUUGUUUGAGAGUAUGAUUGAGAAGGAUGUUGUUUCGUGGACAAGCCUUAUCACUGCGUAUAGCCGUAUAGGUCAAGAGGAAAACGCGGUUAAAACUUUCUUACUGAUGAGAAACUCUGAAGUAUCUCCUAAUGAACAAACGUUUGCGUCCAUGUUUGCUGCUUGCGCGAGUCUUUCUAGGCUCGUUUGGGGAGAGCAGCUCCACGGUAACGUUUUAUCUCUAGGGAUAGUUGAUUCUUUGUCAGUUAUCAACUCUAUGAUGAAGAUGUAUUCAACAUGUGGGAGGCUAGACUCUGCUUCUGUUCUGUUUCGAGGAAUGAGAUGCAGAGACAUUAUCUCGUGGAGCACGAUCAUCGGAGGGUACUCUCAAGGCGGAUUUGUAGAUGAAGGUUUUGAGUAUUUCUCGUGGAUGAGACAAUCAGGGACUAAGCCUACUGAUUUUGCUCUCGCUAGUCUGCUGAGCGUUUCGGGAAACAUGGCGGUUCUUGAGCAAGGCAGGCAAGUCCACGCGCUUUCGCUUCACCUCGGUUUAGAACAGAACCCCACGAUACGCAGUGCGCUGAUUACUAUGUACUCGAAAUGUGGAAGCAUCGCAGAAGCUUCAAAGGUAUUUGAAGAAACAGAAAGAGCUGCUGAUAUCGUUGCUUUGACAGCUAUGACCAAUGGAUACGCAGAACAUGGAAAGAGCAAGGAAGCUAUCGAUCUGUUUGAGAAGAGUCUAAACGUUGGUUUCAGACCAGACACUGUGACUUUCAUCAGCGUCCUAAACGCCUGCGCUCAUUCGGGACAGCUCGACGUCGGUUUUCACUACUUCAACCUGAUGCAAGAGAGGUAUAACAUGAGUCCAGCCAAGGAACACUACGGUUGCAUGGUGGAUCUGUUGUGCCGAGCGGGGCGGUUAAGCGAAGCAGAGAAGAUGAUCAAUGAGAUGCCGUGUGAGAAGGAUGACGUGGUCUGGACCACGCUUCUGAGAGCGUGUACGGCCAAAAGAGACAUUGAACGUGGGAGAAGAGCGGCGGAGAGGAUAUUGGAGCUGGAUCCUACUUCUUCUAUUUCGCUCGUAACACUAGCUAAUAUAUAUUCGAGAACAGGGAAGUGGAAAGAGGCUGCAAUUGUAAGGAAGAGUAUGAAAUCGAAAGGCGUGAUGAAAGAGCCUGGAUGGUCUUCGGUUUUGAUCAAGGAUAAGGUUUCAGCUUUUGCAUCUGGCGGUCAGUCCCAUCCACAAUGUGAAGAUAUAUACAGUAUCUUGGAAUUAGUAGUUCAUAGAUACGACUGUGCAAUGAAGAGAGCUUUUGAGUCGAUUCAAAUUUGUGAUCCUUAACUCUUUUAAGUGUUUAGUAGCACAUAAACUGCAGAACCUAAGGCAGAUGCAGCAGCAACCGUAAAGACGGCUAUCUGUGACGAGGCAAAAGCUUGGAGAACAAGUGAGUUCCAAGUGAUGUACCAUAAGGUGGAGAAAACAGACCCCACGAUCGCACCAACCAUAACUUGACUGGUCGUGUGAAGCUUCUGAGACACCCUUAACCAUGUCUGCAUACAGUUAACAUGAGUGUGCGUUUACAUAUUUCGUGCUAUAGAUAUGAAGAGAGAGAGAGAGAGAGACUUACAAAGUAAGAAGCCAAUGCGAGGAUGAGGCCACUAAGGAACAGAGAGAGUGGAUUGGCUCCAAGCCACUCCAUAACUGGGGGAAACAAUAAAAGAAAAUCAUCUUUUGAGAGUUUGAACAAACGCAAA